GUAUAGGUACAUUGGGCAUGUACAUGACGUGCAUACCCUUGUUUCUUGUUCAGUCCCUAAAGGGGAUCCAAUGGUACGUGUACAAUUCGACGAACUCCUGUUUAAUGUUAAACUUCUCUAACAAACAUAAACUUGCCUUGAAAGAUCCAUAGCACCCAUAACCACGCCCGAUAACGAGAUAUUCAAAUCACUCUUAUUUUGAUAUUCCCUCUUUCCAUCCCAUUGCUAGACAUAUACUUUUCUUUUUCACUUUCACUUUGAAGAACUUAGCUUUAUUAUUUUCUACGAAGACUAUCGUUUAACCGUGACUUGCGUACCCGACAAUUCAAACAUAAUACCCAUCACGAAUGUUACCAUCCGGCCGAAUCCCGAUUUGACCGAAAUCGAGAAAUUGCCAAUUCCACGACGUAGAUAAGAACGAAACCCUCUCACGAGAUAUAUUCACCCCGAUAAAAUCAAUGUUAUCCCCCAAUCGACAUCAGCCAUAGCCUCCUUAGGCUCGUAUCGUCCUUAGAAUAUGGCCGAUACGGGUUCAACAUCACGCCCUUCCGCGCCUAGAUCUACAACCGGUUUAGCACCCGCCGGCGUCGAUGAUACCAGUGCUGUGAGGUCGCGGAGCAAAAAAGCUCCAGCUAAUAGAGAUGCGGCAAAGACGCCGAGCUUAACGCUCGACCAAAGUAGUCGAGGGGCGAGUCCGAUGCCGUCCGCGCGUCUCGGUAAUAGUAAUCUCCUUUCGAGCGGACGGUCAAGCCCCUCCAAUGCCGCCUUUUCGCGUGGACUUCUUGAGGGUUCAUGGACACCGACUUGGGCUUCUAUACAGGAUUUUACAUCUUCGUUGUUAGAAGGUGGUUAUAGUAGUGAACCUUCUCGUCCUAAUAGUCGGAAUGGACCUAAAUCGCGACCGAAGUCGAUAUGGAAGGGGUUUGGAAGUAAUAAGUCUUCUAGCAACUGGGGUCCAGCACCCCCAACCGGAUCACGACCGGCCGCUGGAGAUAUAGCAGCAGGAUCCCUCGCCGAGCGAGAGGCACAAUUGAAGGCUAGGAAAACGGCUAGUGUAUUAGAGAGUUAUGACGGAGUCAAUGGUGGUCUAGAUGUUUCUGGAAAAUAUAAGAGGAGGAAUUCAGACGAGGCACCGCGGAGUACAGUCGAUCCUGUAGUCGAAGAACACCUAGUCUACCUACACCAUGUGCAACCUACAGACACAUACGCCGGUAUUAUUCUACGUUAUAGAUGCCAGGAGCACGCAUUUCGAAAGGCAAAUGGGUUGUGGUCCAGGGAUAAUAUCCAGAUACGGAAACACCUUAUGAUACCGGUUGAUGCGUGCGAAACCAAGGGGCGACCAUGCGAUCCCCCAUCGCAAUACUCGCGGAAGGUUGAUCUUCUAGCUACUACGCCACAACCCGCCAAUUCCCCAAGUCCAUUCUCACCCACAUCUGCAUCUACCCCACAACCACAAGCACUCCACGACAGUUACUUCGAGUCUAUUAGUAGCAAAUCAGCAGGCAAUCCCUUACAGGAAGACGAGGAACAGCCCUGGACACACGUUCGCUGGGUAAAACUAGACUGGGUCCAGGAACCGGUAGAAAUCGUCCGGGUCUCACGGAAAUCCAUGGGUUACUUCCCACCACGACGAAAGAAGAGUGUACACACAGUUUCCGCCUUCUCGACCCCGCGCCACUCUCUCGACCUCUCAAAAACCAUAACCAAUUCCUCCGAAGUCAUCGACAACAGCCCCGGGCGCCUAUCCUCACGUCGGCAGAGUUCGCUCGGAGCUCGCCCUACACCAGCCAGUCUGGGCACCUCAUCAUCAGCUAGAAGCAGAGUCACGAGUCUAGGCGAAUCCGACGGCAUUCCGGCAUGGAUGCGGCGGCCCGGUGGUGUAGGAUCGAUGGGGAAAAGCGUCAAGGCACCCGGACCCGCGAAGGACUCGUUCAAUGCCUGGGUCAAUAAACGCUUACCAGGCUUCAACAUCGACUCUAUGCCCUCGAUGUCGGUAAUGGGAUCCGAGACCGCGCAUUUUGGGUUCACGAACCAUGGUAAUACGAGCGGAGGCCUGGAGGAAGCACCGGGGAUCGUGGAGAGUCCGUUUGAGGAAGGACGGAAUGCUACGUCGCCGACUAGGAAUGGUGGGAUUGGGAUUGAGCAGGCGGCGGCUUCGGUGGAGAGUUGGUUGAGGAAUGCUUGGGCGAGACGGCCUAGUACGCCGAGAUUGGGGUCCCAGAGGAGGGUACAGCAGGAGGAUUUGGAUUUGAUAGAAUUGACUGAUACUGGGAGUGAGGAUGGACGGUUGACUAGGACGCCUGAAAGAAGUGUGCCGGGCUCGAGUGCGAGGAGUGAAGGGGAGGGAGUGGUUAGAGGGAGGUCGGUUGGGACGGUGACGCCGACGGGGAGGGAUAAGGGGAAGAAGAGUGAUUGAUUGGGGUGGGGAUAAGAAGAUCAAGAUCAAGAUCACAUUUCGAUAGACGGUCCGAUUCGAUAUAUGCGUGUUUGUUCAGCGUCUCGACGUCUUCUUAUUCGAGAUCGAGAUCCCGUAUGUGUGUGAGUGCGUUGUUAUUGUUGUGUGGGCGAUUGAGCAUUGCUGGAGGCGUUUAUGGAUGGAAAUCCCAUGGCGUUUUUUAUCGUCUUCCAAUCUUCUUCGUCUCUGUCUACUGGCUUCGGUUGGAUACAUGUGUAUAUAUACAUCAUGAUAUAUACAUAGCUUAGGUACUACUAUCAUGAGGCAACUAUGUUUGGAGGAUUAGACAGUUUAGGGAGGUAGAAUUAUCGGAAUAUCCUACAGAUUAUGUACUGCCCUGCUUAGGUAUACUUAGCAGCUAUUUGGCUGCUUAGAGGGACUGGGAAUUGAUUUGUAAAAUUUGUCUUAGUUUCCAUCUAUAAUUGUGUUUUGGUGAUGGGAUUAUAAUGGUGUUGAAUCUUAGAAGCAAUAGGGGAGUUUAUAGCUUAUCUAAGCUAUUCAGGCACGAUAAGAUAAAUAAUACAGGGCC